AAGAACGCUGAGCCCCGGCUGGGACCAGCGGACGGUAGUGACAGGAGCCGAAGAAGACGCCCACUUCGACCGAUGGAGGAGAAACGCAUUUUGUGCAUCGGACUUGUGUGCUUGGACAUAAUCAGCGUGGUGGACAAUUAUCCGGAGGAGGAUUCGGACACUAGAUGUUUGUCGCAGCGCUGGCAACGUGGAGGGAACGCCUCCAACACCUGUACCGUUUUGGCCCUGCUGGGCGCCCCUUGUGCUUUUAUGGGUUCGUUAGCUCCUGGUCAUGCUGCAAACUUCAUCUUGUCUGACUUCCAACGGCGCAAGGUGGAAGUUGCCCACUUGGUCUGGCAGAGCCAGGGGGAGACACCGUGUGCCUGCUGCCUCAUCAAUUGCCGCAACGGUUCUCGGACAGUUACUCUUUAUGACACCAAUCUGCCAGAUGUGACAGCUGCUGAUUUUGAAAAAGUUGACCUGUCUCAAUACAAAUGGAUCCAUUGGGAGGGGAGGAAUGCUUCGGAACAGGUUAAAAUGCUGCAACAGGUGGAAAAGUAUAACCACGCCUGCCCACCAUCUGAGCGAGUGACCACAUCUGUGGAGGUGGAAAAGACCAGGCCAGAACUCUACCAGCUGUUUUGCUAUGGAGAUGUGGUUUUUGUCAGCAAAGAUGUGGCCAAGACAUUUGGAUUCUACUCGGCUCCUGAGGCUGUGAAAGGCCUCUAUGGGCGUUUGAAACCAGGAGCUACUUUGGUCUGUGCUUGGGCUGAGCAUGGAGCUGAUGCAAUGGGACCAGAUGGGCUGCUGGUGCAUUCAGAUGCAGUCUCCCCUGAAACUGUUGUGGACACUCUGGGGGCUGGAGACACAUUCAAUGCUGCUGUGAUCCUGGCUCUAAGCAAAGGAAAAACACUUCCUGCAGCAUUAACCUACGGAUGCCAGGUGGCAGGCCGGAAGUGUGGGGUUCACGGCUAUGAUGGAAUCAUGUGAGCAGCAUGCUGAAAACUGGACCUGCUGGAUUUCACUGGACCAUGGACUAAUACUGUAUUUCUCACGGUUGUGUUCUAUUUGCUAGUGGCAAUGGCACUGCUCCUCUGGCAUCUCCUGCAGGUGGGAAGACAUGUCAGGCUGCCUGCCACACAUUCCAUAUGCAGUCUGGCUGAGCUGGCUCAGAUGCUCCUGUCUCUUGCCAGGAGGAAAAGAGAUUUCGCUGUAUGAACAUGAAAAGAUAAAUA